AUGUCAGAUCUCAUGCAGUGGCAGGGUGCACCUGGCACCAAUGCUGGCGAUGGUCAUGUGGUCAACAUGGGCGCACGAUUCAGGGCUCCCAGUGCCAAUCGGGCUCAAGACUCGGAGGAGGACGGUGAUGACAAUGGCGAGGAUGAAGAUGAGCCUGAUGAUGGAGAACAAAGUAAUGGUGAUGACGAGGACGAGGACGAGGACGAGGAUGAAGGCGAUGGCGAAAGAGCAGGAAGGGACCAUAGUAGCGGGGCUGCAACCACAACAUCUGCUGUUGCACGAGGUGGAAGGGGCGGAGGGGGCGGGAGAGGUGCAGGAGGUGAGAGAGGUGCAGGGGGUGGGAGAGGUGCAGGGGGUGGGAGAGGUGCAGGGGGUGGGAGAGGUGCAGGGGGUGGGAGAGGUGCAGGAGGCGGGGGGCGCGGAGGGGGAGGAAGAGGAAGAGGAAGAGGAGUUGCCAGGGGGGGCGCCCUAGAACAGCUACCUGUGGCCCAGAGCCGGGCUUUGAAAGGCAGGUCACGCCCAAUAUUAUGUGGCGCCGAUGACAUGAUGGAUGUCGACAGUGAUGUUGUGGUAGCUGCUGGAGAUGGGCGUAUCGUUCAUGGUCGAAGUCAGACCAUUGACACUGGAGAGGGGUUACCUGCUGAUCCCAGGUCUGAGGCAUUGGCCCUGGAGGCGUCUUCACUGGUGCAAGAUGAUGGCGCCGCGAACAAAUGCAGCAGUUGCUCCGAUAAGUCGAAUUUGCACCCUUGUGUCAGAAAUAUAGGCCCAGGUGAAUUUUGGUGUCCCCCAUGCUGGAGCCGCAGGUGCUCCACUCCGUUGCCUUACUCAGUGGUUGCACAAGGUGCCUACCUUACUGGCCGAAGUCACAUCCGCCACCCACUCGUGUUUCACACGAUUGCCUUAAAACUUGACACAUACCCUGAACGUUUGUUGCGCUGUCAGUUGGAGGAAGAAUUCUCGCAUUGCCAAAACGUGUUGCAAUGCACCAACAUUGAACUGGUCACUGGAGCUGCUUGCCUGCCCAAUGUCCGCGCCCGCGUCCGCAACGCCCUGGCCUUUGUGAAGGCCCAACCAGAGACCGAUUUGCUGGUUCUGAUAGAUACACACAGUGAUUAUGAGAAUGGUGAGCUAGUCCACAGUGUUGACAAACACGGAGAUGCCUGGACUCAAAAUGCCUCGGAGGUGGUCCGCCAUUACUUGGGUCCGGAAUUGUGGAAGCGUUCCCUGGACAUGAUGGGCACCAAAGGAAUGAUACUGCUGGCGUGUGGUCCGGCAUUCACGAAGCAAUCGCAUUUUGAAACAAUCAAGACACUGGUCUCCAGCAAGCGCCUGCUGUUUGUCAUCGGAUUUACUGCCCAUUCGGUUCAACCCUCUGUGGUCAUGCCCUUCAUGCUGCGAUUGAUCAUACAGGUCUACAUCCAUCAAAUGCCUGUCGAGCAGGCCCUGGAACAGGAGAUUGCUCACUGGACUCUGUUGAACCAUACCCCUGUGGUAUUGGUUUGUUGGAAUCUACAAGGAGAUCUGAUUAGCCGGAGAUACAUAGCUUCCACCCCCUCUGGUUGUGUCUGGGGUCUUCCCCCCCGGUGUGGCAAUAACCUGUGCAAUCCUGGGCCUGGGGACAUUAAAGCCAAACGAUCCUCUCGUCAAGGCUCCAACUUCUUUAGGUUCCGGUGCAACCGCUGCAGCUGGGAUUCAGGCGGUUACAUACCCAAACCCAGCUGGCUUCUUCCAUUCUCCUCGCAACAUUCUUUGUUUUUUCAUCACUUUCCACUCACUGCAGAGCAGGAGGAUUACAUCCGUCUGUAUCCCGGCCGUCCGUCUGGCCGAACUCCACAUUCACCUUGA